GGAAGUGAAUUCCGAGCAGCUAUUAACACCCAAAUCCAACUUAAAAUGCUUAUUGAACGGAGAGAGCUCUUCGCAACGCAACAAGUCCCUCUUAGACUGGAAAAAGUUAGAAUAGAAUUGGUAUUGGGGCCGGGGGUGAAUGCUGAUGGGCAUUUGAGAACAGGCAAGUUUAUUUUACAAAAAGAAAGAUUGUAAAUUGGAAUUGUAAUUUGAAUUUGUAUUUCAUGUU